AUGUCGCUUGACGCUCGCGACGACGUCACCCGCGGCGUCCCCUGGGCCUCGCGUCCCCAGGGAAGUGUCCUCGCCGUCGGUCUUCCCAAUUCCCGGGAUUCGCCAAUUACACGCGGCACAAGCCUUCGCGUUCGUCCUCGGCGCGCGGUUCUCGCGGUUCUGUUUUCGGCGGCGAGCGGGGCGAACGCGGCGAGCGUAGCCUGUGGACAAAUUCAUACCUGCGCCAUACGGGACGACGGCACGGUAUGGUGCUGGGGCAACAACUGGAACGGGUUGCUCGGGAUGGGAUCCGCUGGUGGAAGCUCCGCUGCUCCGGUUGGUCCGCUCGACCUCGGCUCGGGGCGGACGGCGAAGGCCAUCUGCGGUGGAUCGACUCACAGCUGCGCGAUUCUCGACGACGGCACCGUCAAGUGCUGGGGUUACAACAACGCCGGUCAGCUCGGGUACGGCGACACCACGACCAGAGACGCUCCACCCGCGACACCGGUGGACCUCGGCACAGGGCGAACGGCAAAGGCGGUGUCAUGCGGAUUUUAUUCCACCUGCGCGAUUCUCGACGACGAUAGCCUCAAGUGCUGGGGAGAAAAUAAUAACGGUCAGCUCGGAGUCGGUGAUACCACAGACAAAACUAGUCCUACGGCGGUGGUUGCCACGAACCUCGGCGCGGGGGUGAAGAGCGUUGCUACCGGUUCCGAUCACACCUGCGCCGUGCUGAACGACGGGAGUUUGAAGUGCUGGGGACUCGCCAUGGGUGUAUCUCUGGGCUACGGUGAUGUAUCAAAUAGAAACACCCCACCCGCAGAGAACGUCAACCUUGGCGCGGGACUAACGGCAAAGAGUGUUUCAGCUGCGUAUCGUCACACGUGUGUCAUCCUGAACGACGACACCCUCAAGUGCUACGGACAAAAUUUUGCUUCUGAGCUCGGGUACGGCGACACGACAGCAAGAUCGAUCCCCGACGCAAACGCGAUAGAUCUGGGUUCCGGUAAAACGGCGACGAGCGUUUCGACUGGAACUGAUAGCGACAGUAGUAACGCUUUCAGUUGCGCCGUGCUCAACGACGGGAGCGUGAAAUGUUUCGGCGCAAAUUCUAAAGGGCAGCUCGGAACUGGGUCGUACAUGCCACCUCCCGGAAAUCUUCCGGCUACGGUGGACCUCGGCACGGGGCGGACAGCAACGAGCGUCUGCUCGGGAGAGCGCCACUCGUGCGCCGCAUUGGACGGCGGCACCAUAAAAUGCUGGGGGCGAAACAACAACGGGGAAGUAGGAAACGGGUCGCCUUCCUCCUUCGGCGUCGCGACGCCCGCCGAGGUCGCCUUCUCAUCAAGCUCCGGCGGCUCGAGCUCCGGUGGCUCGAGCUCCGGCGGAUCCGGCGCGAGCGGCCCUCCCGGCCCUCCCGGCCCUCCCGGGUCGUCAUCGUCAUCGGGUAACGUGACGUCGUCAUCGGGUAACGUCACGUACAUCUAUGUCGCGGGGCCGCCGGGACCGGGCGGACCCCCCGGGCCCGGGUACCUCAACUCGAACGCGAACGUCACGGCCGACACCGACACCGGCGCGAUGACCCACGCCAACACCCUGGCGAUAUUCGCCUUCUCCACCCUCGUGAGUCUCCUGAUGUAA